AGCAGUGUUACUCAGUCACCAGGCCAAAUGAACCUAAAGCUCCCUCUACUGUUGGACUUUGUGUUUGUGAGGAUGACUGUGUUAGAUUUCAGUUCGUCUAAAAAAACCCCGUAUUUCAUAGUAGAAAAAGAAACAUCUGCUUGUACAAUAGCUGGAGAAAGUGGAUGCUCUCAGAGCAGUAUCAGCCACUCAGCUGUACAGGAGAGGACAGUCAGUGUACACAGUCCAAAGAAAUCAGGCAAGAUUACUCCAAAAUUUCACAAUCGUAUGGUUCACCGCGUCUGGAAGGAAUGCAUUCUCAACAGGUCACAGUCCAAGAGAAAUCAAAUUACAACGACAACUUUGGAAGAGGAAGUUCCUAACAAUGCUGUUUCUUGGGAUUUUGUGGAUCCAGUCCAAAGAGUCAGUUGUUCUUGUUCCAGGCACAAGGUUUUCAAACAGCGUUGUGCUGCUGGCUCCAGCCGUCCCCCAAUGAUAAAUCAGCCAGGAUUCAGUGUGGGAACAUCAUCAUCUUCGUCAUUGCCACCUCCUGCCUCUUCAAAGCACAAAACAACAGAGAGACAGGAAAAAGGAGAUAAACUGCAAAAAAGGCCUAUGAUGCCAUUUCACCAUCGGCCCUCUGUGACUGAAGAGCUAUGCAUGGAGCAGGACACGUCGGGGCAGAAACUGGGAUUAGAAGGAAUGGAACCCUCCUUGGAAGUCCCUAAUGCCAGAGAAUACGAGAAGCCGCUAUCUCUACCUGCUAGAAAUCCAAGCAAGCAAAUGAAUAUGAAUCCUAUGGAUUCACCCCAUUCCCCCACUUCCCCUCUGCCUCCCACACUGAGCCCCCAGCCAAGAGGUCAGGAAGCAGAGAACCUGGACCCCCCGUCUGUACCUGUAAACCCAGCACUCUACGGCAGUGGGCUGGAGCUGCAGCCGUUGCCCAGCUUAGACGAUAGGACAGUCCUUGUUGGACAGAGGUUACCUCUGAUGGCAGAGGUCAGCGAGACAGCAUUAUACUGCGGGAUAAUUCAGAACAACGAGUCACUGGAUGUAUGGAGGACCUAUAGUGUCCCAUCAAGUGAUGAUCCAGAGUUCAGGCCACCAGAUCUUCCGUGUGAGAGAUACGAUGCCAAGAUGGAAAUCAACUCGGACAGCACUGCACUGAAAAGGCUCUUAGCACAACCUAAUAAACGGUUUAAAAUUCUGGAAGAGCAGAAACCAGUGCAGACACUGAACUAUCUUGAUCCCUUGCCUCUAAUACAACAACCUGGAGAAGGCUUGGGAGAUGCUAGUGAUCCUUACACUUUUGAAGAUGGUGAUAUAAAGUACAGCUUCACUGGCAAUAAAAAAUGCAAACUUGGUGCUGAGAAAGAUCCUUUGAAAAAGAACAAGUCAGAAGAUGGAAUUGGUACCAAGGAAAUCCUCACUACAGGUCAUUCUACGCCAGUUCCUGAUGGAAAAGAUGCCAUGUCUAUUUUCAGUUCUGCUCCUAAGACUGAUACCCGGCAAGACAAUGCUGCAGGCCGAGUAGGCUCUGGUAGCCUCACACAGGUGACAGAUCUGGCUCCAUCACUUCAUGAUCUAGAUAAUAUCUUCGAUAAUUCAGAUGAAGAUGAGCUUGGUGCUGUAUCACCAGCUCUUCGGUCAUCAAAAAUACCUGCAGUAGGGUCUGAGGAACGCCCUGUAGGGAAGGAUGGUAGAACAGCAGUACCUUAUCCACCAACUGUGGCAGAUCUCCAAAGGAUGUUCCCAACACCACCCUCUUUAGAACAACACCCUGCCUUCUCCCCGGUAAUGAGCUAUAAAGAUGGAAUAAGUUCAGAGACUGUGACUACCUUGGGAAUGAUGGAAAGUCCCAUGGUCAACAUGGUUCCAACACAGCUUGCUGAGUUUAAAAUGGAGGUGGAAGAUGGCUUAGGUAGCCCUAAACCUGAAGAAAUUAAGGAUUUCUCCUAUGUGCACAAAGUUCCAUCAUUUCAACCUUUUGUGGGCUCCUCUGUAUUUGCUCCACUGAAGAUACUGCCAAGUCAGUGCCUCCUACCUCUGAAGAUACCAGAUGCCUGCAUUUUCAGGCCUUCUUGGGCUGUUCCUCCUAAAAUUGAACAACUUCCUUUGCCGCCUGCAGCCACUUUCAUUAGGGAUGGCUACAACAAUGUGCCUAGUGUUGGGAGUUUGGCUGACCAAGACUAUCUUCAGAUGAACACUCCUCAGAUGAAUACACCUGUGAUGCUAAAUAGCACUGCUCCAGCCAGCAACAGUGGAGCAGGAGUUCUGCCAUCACCAGCAACUCCCCGCUUCUCUGUCCCCACCCCACGCACUCCCAGGACUCCAAGGACUCCUAGAGGUGGGGGUACUGCGAGCGGUCAAGGAUCUGUAAAAUAUGACAGCACAGAUCAAGGUUCACCUGCUUCUACCCCUUCUACAACACGACCGCUUAAUUCUGUGGAGCCAGCCACUGUCCAGCCGAUCCCCGAAGCCCACAGCCUGUACGUCACCUUGAUUCUUUCAGACUCGGUCUUGAACAUCUUCAAAGACCGUAACUUUGAUAGUUGCUGUAUAUGCGCCUGUAAUAUGAAUAUUAAAGGUGCAGAUGUCGGAUUAUACAUCCCAGAUUCUUCUAAUGAAGAUCAGUACCGUUGCACCUGUGGCUUCAGCGCUAUUAUGAACCGGAAAUUAGGUUACAACUCUGGGCUUUUCAUUGAGGAUGAGCUGGAUAUUUUUGGCAAGACCUCAGACAUCGGCCAAGCUGCAGAAAGACGACUGAUGAUAUGUCAAAGCAACUUGAUCUCUCAGAUGGGAGAGGGAGCUCGAAGGACCCAAGAACCUCCCAUGAGCCUCCUCCUGCUCCUCCAGAAUCAGCACACGCAGCCUUUCACAUCUCUGAGCUGCUUGGAUUACAUGUCCUCCAACAACCGGCAGACGCUCCCGUGUAUGAACUGGAGUUAUGACAGGCUGCAGGCAGACAGCAACGACUCCUGGAUAGAGUGCUUUAAUGCCCUUGAGCAGGGCAGACAGUACGUGGACAACCCCACCGGUGGAAAAGUGGAUGAAGCCCUAGUAAAAAGUGCCACUGUACAUUCUUGGCCUCACAGCAAUGUACUGGAUAUCAGCAUGCUCUCCUCCCAGGACGUGGUGCGCAUGCUGCUGUCACUGCAGCCCUUUCUCCAGGAUGCCAUCCAGAAGAAGCGAACAGGAAGGACCUGGGAGAACAUCCAGCACGUGCAGGGACCGCUCACCUGGCAGCAGUUCCAUAAGAUGGCAGGACGGGGAACCUAUGGCUCUGAGGAAUCUCCUGAGCCUCUUCCAAUCCCGACUUUACUCGUGGGCUAUGACAAGGACUUCCUGACAAUCUCUCCAUUCUCCUUGCCAUUCUGGGAGAGGCUGUUGCUAGACCCAUAUGGGGGCCAUCGGGAUGUCGCCUAUAUCGUGGUGUGUCCAGAAAAUGAGGCCUUGCUCGAUGGAGCCAAGACUUUCUUCAGGGACUUGAGUGCUGUAUAUGAG